AAUAAUAAAUUUUAUGAAAAAUUAUGUACUAAUAAUGAUUAAAGCAAUUAGUGCAAGGAAUUACAUGUUGUAAAUAGUACAUAGCAGGAAAAGAAAAAAUGCGUAGCUGUUGCCUUUGCAACAAAAACGUAGAACGUGAAAAAGGAACGUUUUUCAACAUUCCAAAAGACGAGCGGAUAAGAAAAAAGUGGAGUGAGAAUUGUCGCAUAAACUUCACACCGAAUUCACGUAUAUGUAUGGACCACUUUUCAUCAUCUGAUAUUAUAAAACGGACAAACAAAGUUUCAUUAUUGCCGAACGCUGUACCUUUUGUUCUGCCAGUUAAUGACAAUAGUCCAGUUCCAUUGCCAGAUGAGGAAAUAAGUUCAGAGAAAAAUUGUCCCACAGAUUUAAUGUUGGAUACUUCAAUAGAGUAUGUACAAAUUAAUACAACUGGCACAUCUAACCAGAAAUGUCGUUGUUGCUCAAAUCCAACCGCAAAUUUCAUAAAACUUGAUGUGUUUUUUAAGACACCUGAUGAAUCGGAAAAAACGUACAAGGAUCUCUUAUAUGAAUUAACAAAACUUAGUAUAUCUGCAUAUCAGGAAAUUAAUAUGCCUCAACAAAUCUGUGAGAAAUGUGGAGCUCAACUAAGAAAUGCUUACAAAUUUAUACAGCAGGCAUGUAAAGUUUCAAAACAAUAUCUUCAACUAGUCCAACUGAAUACGCCAGAAGAUAUUAAAAAUAUUGAACAGUUACAAGAAUCAUUAAUAGAAAUAUCGGCACCCAUCGCCGAACAAUUACAUGAUGAACUGAAAGUUGAGCCUUUGAGUGUAGAAUGUAACAUGGACAUAAAAGAAGAAAAUGAGGAAAGUGAAGUAUUUUUGCCAAUGAUUUCAAACAAUGAGGAGUCACAAGAAGAAAGAGAUUUUUUACAAAAUUCCAAUACUGACGAGCACUCAUCUGAAGAUGACGAAGAUAGUGACGAACCAGAGUCAGUAAAAGAUGUUGAUGAGGAUCUAAAUGAUGAAACUUUGGCCAGAUGUUGUGACAUAUGCCACAAGGUAUAUCGAAAUGAGAAAUUUCUUAAAAUACACAAGCGCUAUACUCACAUGCCAGAAGAAGAUAAACUACCUUGUCCCUUAUGUAGCUACAAAGCCAGCCGUUCUUCGGCUUUAAAAGUGCACAUGGGUUUAGUGCAUGGCCACGACAAAGUUAAGGAAUAUUUUAAACCUGUGCUGGACUCGGGUAAAAAAUAUCCCUGCAAUUUAUGUCCUCGUUCAUAUGGACGAAAAGAUAGUCUGCGCAAGCAUGUUAGAAGAAAACAUCUAAAUAAACCCUCUAAAGAAGAGACGCCUACAAAAAAAACAAAACCCCAAAAACCUAAGGAUAAAGAACGUUUUCUUUGUACCUAUUGCGGACAAUCAUACAGUUCCAAAUGCGGUUUGGAAAGUCAUGUACUUACGCAUACCGGAGAAAGACCAUUCUCCUGCGAAAUAUGCAGUAAGACUUUUAAACGCCUAAAGGACUUGCAAUUACACCGUGUUAUACACAGUGAUGAGAAACCCCAUCAAUGUUCGGAGUGUGGUAAAGCCUUUAAACGAGUGGAUAAGUUAAAAAUUCACAUGAGAGUACAUUCCGAAUUAAGACCUUACAAAUGCAAUGAAUGUGAAAAGACUUUUAAGUAUCCUAGUGUAUUACGUACCCAUAUGCACAUACAUACGGGACAAACGCCGUUUGCUUGCAAAACUUGUGGUGAAGCAUUCUCAUUGAGAACUUCAUUAAAUAAUCACUGUUUAAAGAAUGGUCAUGUAAAGUUGAAGCAAUUACUGCAAGGAAUUACAUGUUGUAAAUUAUACGUAGCAGGAAUAGAAAAAAUGCGUAGCUGUUGCCUUUGCAAUAAAAACGUAGAGAGUAAAAAUGGAAUGUUUUUCAACAUUCCAAAAGACGAGCGGAUAAGAAAAAAGUGGAGUGAGGUUUGUCGCAUAAACUUCACACCAAAUUCACGGAUAUGUGUGGACCACUUUUCAUCAUCUGAUAUUAUAAAUCGGGCAAACAAAGUUUCAUUAAUGCCGAACGCUGUACCUUUUGUUCUGCCAGUUAAAGCCAAUAGUCCAGUUGCAUUGCCAGAUGAGGACAUAAGCUCAGAAAAAAUCUGUCCCCCAGAUUUAGUGUGGGAAACUCCAAUUAAUACCAGUGGUACAUCUAUCCAGAAAUGUCGUUGUUGCUCAAAUCCAACUGCAAAUUUCAUUAAACUUGAUGAUUUUAUUAAGACAGCUGAAAAAACGUACAAGGAUCUCUUAUAUGAAUUAACAAAACUUAGUCUAUCUACAUAUCAGGAAUUCAAUAUGCCUCAACAAAUCUGUAAGAAAUGUGGAGCUCAACUAAGAAAUGCUUACAAAUUUAUACAGCAGGCAUGUAAUGUUUCAAAACAAUAUCUCGAACUAAUCGACCAACAGAAUACGCAAGAAGAUAUUAAAAAUAUUGAACUUUUACAAGAGUCAUUAAUAGAAAUAUCGGCACCAAUCGCCGAACAAUUACAGGAUGAACUAAAGGUUGAACCUUUGGAUAUAGAAUGUAACGUGGAGAUAAAAGAAGAAAUAGUGGAAAGUGAAGUAUUUUUGCCAAUGAUUUCAAACAAUGAGGAGUCACAAGAAGAAAAAGAUUUUUUACAGAUUUCUGUUUCCAAUACGACCGAGCACUCAUCUGAAAAUGACGAAGAUAGUGACGAACCAGAAUCAGUAAAAGAUGUUGAUGAGGAUAUAAAUGAUGAAACUUUACCUAGAUGUUGUGACAUAUGCCACAAGGUAUAUCUAAAUGAGAAAUUUCUUAAAAUACACAAGCGCUAUACUCACAUGCCAGAAGAAGAUAAACUACCUUGCCCAUUGUGUAGCUACAAAGCCAGCCGUUCGUCGGAUUUAAAAGUGCACAUGGGUUUAGUGCAUGGCCCCGAUAAAGUUACGGAAUAUUUUAAACCUGUACUUGUCUCGGCUAAAAAAUACCCCUGCAAUUUAUGUUCUCGUUCAUAUAGCCGCAUAGAUAGUCUGCGCAGGCAUGUUAGUAGAAAACAUCUAAACAAUCCCUCUCAAGAAGAAAAGCCAACAAAAAAAAUUAAGGAUAAAAAACGUUUUCUUUGUACUUAUUGCGGACAAUCAUGCAGUACCAAUUGCGGUUUGGAAAGUCAUAUGCUGACGCAUACCGGGGAAAGACCAUUUUCCUGUGAAAUAUGCAGUAAGACUUUUAAACGCCUAAAGGACUUGCAAUUACAUCGUGUUAUACACAGUGAUGAGAAACCCCAUAAAUGUUCGGAGUGUGGUAAAGGAUUUAAACGAGUGGAUAAGUUAAAAAUUCACAUGAGAGUACAUUCCGAAUUAAGACCUUACAAAUGCAAUGAAUGUGAAAAGACUUUUAAGUAUCCAAAUGUAUUACGAACCCAUAUGAACAUACAUACGGGACAAACGUCGUUUGCUUACAAACCUUGUGGUGAAGCAUUCUCAUUGAGAACUUCAUUAAAUUAUUAUCACUGUUUAAAGAAUGGUAAUAUAAAGUAG